GCACGGAUAAAGAGUACUACUUGGCAGGCAAUUGAUUACCGGGGGCCCUGCUGGCGGAAGCAAUAAUUGGAGUCUCCCCAAACUGUCAUGCUCAUGGGGGAUGGUUAUGGAAAAGGUGAGCUUCGACUUGUUCCAAAAUUUGAGAAGAAAGGGAAAGACAUUUUGGAUGGUGGUAGCCCAUAUCAUUUGCGUUUUGAUGUGCAUCCUAUUAAGCUAUGGAUCAUAACGGCAACUCAGUGCAACUCAGUGCAUGUGUGGAACUAUGAGGACGGAACACGGGUCGCCUCUUGGGUAAUCCCUGAUGUGACAAAUGCCGACGGAGUUGCAUUCAUCGCGCAGAAAGACUGGAUUCUGGUGAGGCGAUGGAAAAGAUUUGAGGUGUGUGAAACGCAAGGGUCGAACUUGCGGUGUAUAAAGGUGCUAACCACAGAAAGUGAUGACAAGUUGAGCUUUCAAAUGGCAAUCCAUCCGACCUUGCCUUGUUUGUUGGCUAGUUUUGAAGGCAAGGAACUCCAGGUUGCUACAGAGAAUUUUGAUGCGAAGUGGAAGCUUGAACAUGGGGAUCAACACGAACGUGUCUAUCGCGGGAAACUGAAUGAUGACACUCUUGUUAUGGUGAAGAAGGUGAUAUUGGAUGCAAGUAUGCAGGGGGUCCAUCAUGACACGAUGAAGUCAAAGGUGGUCGAUAGGUUGAGAUUGCUUCGACAUCCUCAUAUCUUGACACUGCUUGGUGUCUGUUAUGAAGAGAGCUGUCUUGUUUACGAGUAUAUGGCACGAGGAACUGUGAAAGAUUGGAUCUCAUGUGCUAGACAAAGCACAUGGUAUGCUCGCUUCCGCGUAAUGGCAGAGGUUGCAAGAGGAUUGUGCUUCCUCCAUUCAGAUCCGCUGGGGACUGGUGGUCCCAUCAUCCACUCUGCCAUCAGACCAGCAACCAUCUUUCUGGAUGACAGAUUUGUCGCAAAGCUCGGUGGUGUUGAUCGUGCACUGCUUAACUCAGAGUUUCCCGAAGGAGUCGAGAAAACACUUAACAGGACCUCCCAGCUUUUCGCACAACAAAACUCUCACUAUAUCGCUCCAGAGUACUGGCAGUCCCGAGCUUUCAGUGAGAAGACCGAUGUCUUUGCCUUUGGCAUCACUCUGCUGGAGAUGCUGACUGGAAAUUUCACAAAUGCAUUUGAAGUCGUUGAGGAUGCCAUUGAAGAUGACGAUGCUUUUGAGAAUGCUCUGGAUCCCAGUGCAGGCUGUUGGAAUAUUGUUCUGGCUCAUUGAGUGGCAUGUUUGGGUUUGCGUUGCACCAGCUA